CGCGUGGAGACUCAUUCACCCGCUGCUUGUGGCGUAGCGUCUGUGCGCAGUUAUCCUUCUCCGCUCCACACUCUCCUGCGCGCAAAGACCGUUAUUCAGAGCGCCAUACAGAACGCCAUGGUGUUUACCUGAGAGAAGCAUAUGCGUCUUUGAAACGAACAACUGGAAAGUGGACCAGCUAUAUCGCUCUUUAAGAAGCGGACUAUUCAUCGGACCCGGAGGGUAAUAAUAAGGACAACAUUGUAAGGAAAGAUGGCCUCGGCGGGUCUGGAGCUGCUCGGCCUGACGCUAGCUGUGCUCGGCACGCUGUUAGAGAUGAUCGCAUGCGGUCUGCCCACGUGGAAGGUGGCGGCGCACAUUGAGGCCAACAUCGUGGUGUCGCAGACCAUCUGGGACGGCCUGUGGAUGUCUUGUGCUGUGCAGAGCACGGGCCAGAUGCAGUGUAAGGUGCACGACUCGAUGCUGGCGCUGAGCAGCGACCUGCAGGUGGCGCGUGCGCUCACUGUGGUGUCGUCCGUGCUGUGCGUGCUGGCGCUGCUGGCUGUGAUCGCCGGAGCGCAGUGCACCAACUGCAUCCGUGACGAGCUCGUAAAGGUGAGAGUAGUGAACUUCGGAGGAGCGCUGUACAUCGUCAGCGCCGUGCUUGUGCUCGUGCCCCUCUGCUGGAUGGCCAACAAAAUCAUCGCCGAUUUUUACAACCAGCACGUGCCCACGGCCCAAAAGCGCGAGAUGGGCGCCGCGCUCUACAUCGGCUGGGCGGCUGCGGCGCUCCUGCUGCUGGGCGGCUCUGUGCUCUGCUGCUCGUGUCCGCCAGCAUCAGCAGCCAGUGCGGGUUACUCAGUCAACUACGCGCCCACGAAAAGAGCCACGACCAACGGAGACUACGACAAGCGGAACUACGUGUAAAUCUACAGCUGGAGCCACGCGUAAAGCCCUGGUUACGGCUGACCGCAUAACCCACUAGCCGUGCGACGUGUGAUUUGCGCAUAACACUUAGUACACUAGUAAGAAAAAAAUUCCACCCAGCACCCUUAAAGGUUUUUCGGUUUUAAAGGUUCUGUGUAGAACCCAACAACAGAGGAGGUCACUUCCAAAGGUCCACGUAGAAUCCGUUUAGAAAGCUCGAACCCUUAACCAUCCAAAGAAUCCUUUCUGUAAAUGUAACAAAGUCUGUCAAAAUAUAGUGGCAUGUACUUCGGCAUAGUAGACUAUUCGCAUUGAUUAAAAUAUGGCAGAAGAAGAGAGAAGUAGCCAACCAUUGCUCCUAAACCUGUAAAAUGAUCUCAGGCGUAAAUGUGAUUCUGUACUGAGAUGAUUCACUGUACUGAGGAGCUAAUGAUGGCCUGGCAGAAGAAGCCUGGGUGAUUUCUUGUAGCCUGUGUGUUUUUGCACCUGUAGAUUUUUUCUGUCUAAACCUAAAUGUAAAUGACCUGUUUGUCCCCUGGUCAUGGACUCUUACUGCCUUAUACGGACUUUUUUGUACUCUCGAUACUCCCUGUUUUAAACUUAUAGGCUAUGCAUUUUGAAGGGCUAAAAAGGACAAAACCGCCUUAAUUUCAUCCUAAAAUCUCAUUUUUAAAUAAUAGUUUAACUGUUUUGACCACAGCUGUUUGCCAGACCCUUAACAAAACAUGAUGAUGAUGAUGAUGAUGAUUAUGAUAAUUAUUAUUAUCGAUUGUUUUCAUGGAUUGGUUGAAAGCGGUCUAUUUGAGAGUCCUUACUCUGCUUGGGAGGUUUGAAUGCAGAGACUUUUCCUGUCAGAAAAGUGGACUGUCAGACACGGCUGCCUAUAUUGAGAAACUGAUGUGGAUUUUUACAGUAGCUGUCUAGAUAAAGGAGCAGGUGCUCUAAAGGACAGGCCAGACCAGUGUGCCCUGCACUAUGAAAAUAAUGUGCUGGACAUACAUCGUUUGUGCCUUGUAACGAUGGAGCGCCUUAUUUUAUUCGUAUCUUUAACCAAUAAGACCACCGAUACCAAAAUUUGUCCUCAAUAGUCUACUUCUGGUUUAUUUUUUAACUUUCAUUGUAUUAUGUUGAACGCUUUGAACUGAAAUGUUUUUAAUAAACAGUUAUUAUCAUAA